AUGAGUUUCAAGAACAUUAUCCUUGAUAAUUCUGUCUACUACAAGGACACAGUCCAAUCUCACUUAUUCAACAGUGCUCACUAUCUUUCAGAUUCAACUUAUGCUCAAUAUUUGAAGUUUGCUGCUGUGGUUUUAACUGGUUGUUCAUUCUACUUGUACUUUUUGGCAAAUGAAAAGACAAGAUCUUUCCUAGUCUUUAUUUGGGCAUGUUUUGUGAAACCAUUUACUCCAUCUAAUAGAAAAGUUCACAAUGAUCAUCAAAAUAACUUGGAAUUGUUCUACAAAACCCAAGCUAAAUUUUAUGAUACUACUAGAGAAGUUUUGCUACAAGGUAGGGAAAAUGCAAUGAAAUUGGCUUUCUCACAUUUAAGAGCUGAUCAUAAAACUAGAAAAUUGGUUUGGAUCGAUAUUGGAGGUGGUACUGGAUUAAACAUUGAAAAAAUGGAUCAAUAUGUUGCUAAAUUGAAUGACAAUUUUGAAGCUGUUUAUUUAGUUGAUUUAUCUCCUUCAUUAUGUGAUGUUGCCAAGGGAAGAGUCGCUAAGCAUGGCUGGAAAAAUGUUCAUGUUAUUUGCGGUGAUGCUUGUGAUUUUGAAAUCCCACACCAAGAAGUUGACUUGAUCACUUAUUCAUACUCUUUGUCUAUGAUUCCAUUAUAUCAUUCUGCAAUUGAUCAUGCUGCAAAAUUCUUGAAACCUGAUGAAGGUAUCAUUUGCUCUGUUGAUUUUGGUGUCCAAUCAGAUUCAACUUCAAUUGGCAGAACUAAUACACUCGGUGGUUUAGUUAAUCGUCAUGUUCCUUGGUUUUAUAGAACGUUUUGGAGAAUCUGGUUUGAAUGUGAUAAAGUGUUUUUGGAUCCUUCAAGAAGAGAAUAUUUGGAUUAUAAAUUUGGUACUUUAAAAUCAACAAAUUGUUACAACAGUACUUUAGGUCAAAUUCCUUAUUACAUUUGGCUAGGUGUUAACAAGCAACAUGAUUCACAAUUGAUGUACAGAUUCAACUCAUUAGCUACUGAAUCUCCAUACUUAGCACCAAUUGAUCCAAAAAAAUCUGGUGCCAUUAAUAAAGAUGCACCAACAAGUAAAGCUCUGGAAGCUGCUUUGGAUAAUGUCAAGAAAGGAUUACCAUACCCAUCAUUAUUUUACCAAAAACAAACAUGGAGAGUUUAUUAUGAUGAAUUGAGUGAUGAUUAUGAAUGUUUCAAAAAUCAAUAUAUUUAUGCAUUCACAUGGGAAGAUCCAAGAGAAGAUGCAAAAAUUUUGAACUUGACUUCAAAGGACACAGUUUUAGCAAUUACAUCUGCUGGUGACAACAUCUUGUCUUAUGCUUCUUUAGGCUCCAAUGCUCCAAAAAGAAUCCAUGGUGUUGAUUUGAACCCAUGUCAAGGUCAUUUGGUUGAAUUGAAAUUGGCUGCAUUGACAGCUUUAUCCCAUGAAGAAACAUGGAAAUUGUUUGGUGAAGGUAAAAUUGAAAACUUCCAAGAGUUAUUAAUUGGAAAAUUAGCACCACAUCUUUCUUCUAAUGCGUUCCAAUAUUGGAUGGAGAAAGGUCCAAAAACUUUUAGUAUUACUGGUAAAGGUCUUUAUGAUACUGGUUCAACAAGAUGGGCUUUGAGAUUGGCAAGAUAUGUUUUCAAAAUCACUGGCUUAUCUUCAAAAGUUGAAGAAUUAUGCAAUGCAAAGACAUUGAAUGAACAAAAAGAAAUCUGGAAUACUUCAAUUCGUCCUGUUUUAUACAGUGCUAUUGUUGGUAAGAUCUUUGUUGGUAAUCCAGUCUUCUUGUGGAAAGCUUUAGGUGUUCCAGCUAACCAAGCUGCUAUGAUGGAUGCUUCAAUUUUACAAUACAUUAUUGAUACCUUGGAUCCAAUCAUUGGUCGUUCAUUAGUUUCAAGUGAUAAUUAUUUCUAUUAUUUGACUUUAAAAGGGCAUUAUACUCCAAAGAAUUGCCCAGAUUAUUUAACAAAAUCAGGUUUCAAACAACUUACAAAGACUUCAAAUUCACCAUUAGAAGGUAUAAGAUUACACACCGAUUAUUUAAACAAUGUUUUAGCAAGAUUAACCAAAAAAACUAUCUCAGUUGCAGUUAUUAUGGAUCAUAUGGAUUGGUUUGAUCCUGAAGGUAAAGAAGUUGAUGAUGAAAUUGACGCUCUCCAUAGUGCUUUAUGUGAUGGUGGUCGUGUCAUGUUGAGAACUGCUGCUCAAGUUCCAUGGUAUAUCAAACAUUUUGAAGCUAAAGGUUUCAGCUGUACUGCUGCUGCUACUAGAUAUUCUGGAACUUCAAUUGAUAGAGUAAAUAUGUAUGCUUCAACAUGGAUCUGUACAAAGAUUCCAACUAAAAAGGAACGUCAAAUGAGUACUUUGACUUUGAAUAAAUAG